AAACGAGUCAACGGAACGGUCCAGUAAGAACCCUACCCGAUCAAUUUCCUGAAAUCCUGAAGCUCACGAACCGCCGCCGCUAUCCCCCGAUCCCCAAUUGCGCCUCCACGCGCAAACCCUUUCCAAUCGAGCUUGCAGCCAUGGCCAGUCUGCUGGACGGCGACGAUACCAACGGCAAUAGAAGGAUGUUUCCGAGGGUUAAUGGUACAUCUCCAAAAAUGCCGGCUAAUGAUGUGAGGAAAAUAAAGAAGAGGAUUUCACAGAGGAUGCAAAGGACGGGGAGUAUGCCACAGAGGAUGCAAAGGACGAUGAGUGUGCCACAAAGGAAGCAAAGGGCGAUGAGUUUGCAGCCUAUAAGCGAGCUGUUGUUGGACGUGAUGGUGUGGGAGAUCUUAAUCCGGCUGCCCGUAGAGUCCCUGGUGAGGUUUAAGUUGGUUAGCAAGGCCUGGUACGCUAUCAUCUCCGACCCUGUUUUUGUUCGUGCGCACCUCCAGUGCUCCAAAGAGAAACAACAUCGCAACCCGUCUUCCUUCCUCGUCACCCCCCAGAUUUAUCUGGAACCAAAUCCUUCCGGUCUUUUCUCCACCAACAUCCGUUUCUACCUGUGGUCUUUACAACAAGAUGACAUGAGCAGGAGCAGUAGUAGUGCAACACUCCUUUAUGGGAGGCAGUUCCCCACUGGUGAGUUUGGGCUGGUGUCCCAAAUGGCACACUGUGAUGGAUUGGUGUUGCUCCCCACAAACACCAACACUUAUGUCUUCAACCCAGCAACUAGAGAUGUUGUUGCGCUGCCCAGGUGCCACCGCAAUAUGUUGCAGCAUCCCAGCUGCCUUCCAAUUGGUUUGGGCCUUGAUGUUUCCACUGGAACAUACAAGGUUGCACGGUCUUUCUACCGUUCCGGUGAUUACAGUUCUGUUGCAAUGGGGAUGGAGGUCUUCACUAUUAUUGGUGAAGAGGGCCACUGGAGGGAAACGUUGCUGGAUCCACCAUACCCUAUUGUGUGUCCGCAAACUGCCAUUCACUGCAAGGGUUCCCUGUUCUAUUUCAUAGAUAAGAAAAAUCAGCGAUGCCCCCCGCAGGCGCUGCUUCGUUUCUGCCUUCAAGAUGAAACAUUUGGUAUCACUCCAUUGCUUAACAACGUGUACCCUACAGUUGAAGAUGAUGAUAUUGUUCUCCAUGAGCUUGACGGGGAAUUAUGUGCUACUUUCUUUAGCAAGUGUGUGCAACGAGUAUUGGUCUGGAUGGCAAGAGAUAUUGUGAAUCCGGAGUGGGAUUGCCAUUAUGUAAUCAAUGUCUCAGAUCACUGCUGUCCAGUGGCCUCACUUAGCGUCACUGGUGGGUUUCUCUUACGAAGAGGUCAUUGUCUUAUCCGUUAUUACAUGAAAGCUCAUGGUGUAAAAGAAGAGGAUACGUUUGAUAUGGAUGACCUAAGGUUCCUUGGGCCCAGUGAAGAUACCUUGGGCCAUGCAUGGGAAAAUUUAUGUGUGUUUGAACUACUUUAUUACACUGCAAGCCUUGUUCCUAUUACUCCUAAGGCGAGCUUACAAGCCUUAUAAGAUGUUGGAUUGUCUACAAACUCAUGCCUGCCUUAUUCAAUGGAUCAUGAAUGUUUCUCUCAGGCAAAGGAUGAAUAAGAUGAAUCAUGAUGACGAUUUACAGAGUCUGUUUAAUGUUGUACGGGGCACUUAAACAAGCUUCUGUUCAUGUUUUUCCUGUUGUUUUCAUGCAAACUGUAUUCUUAUGGUGGUCUUGGGUUGUAUCAAAGUCUCAAAUUUCAAAUUCUGUUUCUGUGGAACUGAUUCUCUAUUGAAUAAUUAUCAAGUUAAUCAUUA